UGUCAAAGAGGACGAGUGAGGGAGCAGGAUGGAGGCCGUGUGGAAGGCUCUGCUGCUGGCCGCCGUGGCCACCUUGGCCACCGCUCAGUCCCUGAGCUACGAGGAGGCUUUGGCCCGCACCAUCGCCUCCUACAACAAAGCGUCCGACUCGGACAAUCUCUUCCGGCUCCAAGAGCUGAAGCUCCAUGAAGGGACUAGAAACAACGCCAACGCCUUCCCCGUGAACUUCACCAUCCAAGAGACCGUGUGCACGAAGGAGGAGAUGCGCCCCUUGGACCAGUGUGACUUCAAGGAGGGCGGGCUGGUGAGAGAAUGUUCGGGCACCAUCUCCAUGGACAAAGACGAUCCCUCGGUUAACGUCACUUGCGACGGGCCUGUCCGGACCAAGAGGCGUUUAGGAAGGUUCUUCAGAAAAGCCAAUAAUUUUCUGAAGAAGAAAAUUAAAAAGAUCGGCCCUGGGCUUCGGGAUUUGAUCGAGAAGCUUCGAAGGCUGAACAUGAAUUUACAAUUGCCGAUACCUCAGGGCUAAGCCGCAGGCCACUCGGUCAAGUCAGGACUGGCCACUUCUCCGUUCGCCCGGCCCUGGCUUCCCUUUGAGCGGUAGGAGAGGCCUUGCUCCCCACCCACCCAGAAUCCUCCGGCCCCUCUGGCUAAUGAACUCUCGGUCGAUAAAGCUCUGCCGUCAUCCAUUCCCAGUGAUAUCUCUGCUCCCCCUUUCCUCCCUCACCAUCCCGUGGCCCCUCUCUGGGACCCAUUUCCCUCCUCCCAGUCACCUCCACAGCCCCGGGGGCCCACGGGAAGCAUCAGGCAGGCCGGUUUGACCCGAUCUGAUUUUCUCCGACCCUUGGGGCGAAACUCUCGUGACCCUGAACCGCUUCGGUCUAAUUCAGCUGGCCGAUCGGACCGUCCCUCCUCCGUCCCCCACCCAAGAUCCCCCUUAACUUCCGCUCCUCUUAACGUCUGUGCAAACCAACUCUUAGCCAGCCUUACUCCAUUUGGUUUUCAGUCUCCAUUUUGCAUUAAUCUACCUGGUUUUCCUAAAUCAUGCUUCGGCCACACCCUUCUCCUCUGGUCAAUUUCAGCCAUACCUUCCCCUGCCAGCCGGGAUUCUGUCGUCCCUGUGAAAGGACACCAACUCCCACCCCAGACUAUAAGCAGCUAUCUCUCCCACAUUUCGGUGAUGAGGUUGAGUCGACUUUUAGGGCGACGGGCUACGCUGUCCUCACCCAUACAGAUCUGUAUUAAAUACUGCAAUAAAAAAAACCCUUGUGCUGUGUU